GGUGGAGAUGGGGAGGUCCUGCCCCACUCUGUCCUUCACAUGAGCAGGCCCUGGGGUUGUGUGCCCCUUUACACUGAUUCUUCCUGACUCCUGAGCACCCCAGGGUCCCUGCACAGGGUUCCUCUCCUUCCUGAUGGCUCUGCUGGUCUCACUUCCUGGAGGGAAUCAGGCCAUGGCUUGGAUCCUGCUUCUGCUGAUGUCAGCUGCAUGUCUGCAAGCUGGUAACUCAGCAGGAUCCAACAGAGAAAGACGUUUUGGGGUCAACCAACCAGCAAACCUCUCUGGUGUCCAGGGCAGCUCCAUCGAGAUCCCCUUCUCCUUCUACUUUCCCUGGGAGUUGGCAAAGGAUCCACAGAUGAGGAUUCUCUGGAGAUGGAAGCACUUCCAUGGGGAAUUUAUCUACAACUCCUUCUUGGGUUUCAUACAUGAGCAUUUCAGGAAGCGUUUCAUCCUGAACUGGACACAGCCUCAGACAUCCGGAGUCCUCAGAAUCCUGGACUUGAAGGAGUCGGACCAGACAGUGUUCUUCUGCCGAGUUAGUCUGAACACAAGAUAUGGCGUGGAGGUGUUUCAGUCGAUUACUGGGACCCAAAUCACCAUCACUCCUGGUGAGCACAUCCCAGGUCAGGCCCUUGUGGUCCUGACUUCCUUGUACCACAGAUGUCAUUAG